GCGAACGAGCCACACGCGCACCGAACGCUCGGCGAUUUAACCAGGACAAAAGCUUCGGAGCACCAUGUUGGACUGACUGCAGACUCUUUGAAAUCGAUGGAUUGGUUUUGAAAUCGUUGAUACGGUGUUUUUGCGCGGGUCUGAGAGGAGGUGAUCUUCCCGUUUCAACGAUGGAACUCACGAUGGAAAACAUUGGAAACAUGCACGGCGUUGCGUCGCAUUCCCAAGCGGGGGACUUGAUGAAUUCCUCGCACGGCAGACCGUCGUCGGCUUCCCACCGGAACUUAGUGUCCCACGGGCGCUCGGCGAUGGUGUCCAGCAUGGCUUCGAUUCUGGAGGGCGCCGGCGAGUACCGGAGCGACCCCGCGCUGUCUGGCCACCUGCAUCCGGCUAUGACCAUGUGCGAGUCGGGCAUGAGUUUGUCCAACACCUACACCACCCUCACGCCGCUUCAGCACCUGCCACCCAUCUCCACGGUCUCCGACAAGUUCCACCACGCCCACCCGCACCCGCAUCACCACGCCGCGCACCAGCGCCUCGCCACCGGCAACGUCAGCGGCAGCUUCACCCUCAUGCGGGACGACCGCGGCCUGGCUUCCAUGGGCAACUUAUACGGCCACUAUCCCAAAGACAUGUCCGGCAUGGGCCAGCCGCUGUCCCCGCUCUCCAACGGCCUCGGUUCUCUGCACAACUCCCAACAAGCGCUGUCCGCGUACGGGCCCGGCGCGCAUCUCCCCAACGACAAGAUGCUCUCUCCGGGCGGCUUCGAGUCCCACGCGGCGAUGCUUUCGCGAAGCGAGGAGCACCUCGCGCGGAGUUUAGGCGGCCACGGGCACGGCAUGAUCUCCAAUCUCAACGGCAUGCACCCUCACAGCCACCUGCAUUCGCAGGCGAACGGAUCCAUGCUGGCCGACAGAGAGAGGCACGGCGCCGGGGCCGGGCAGAGCGGUGGCUCGGGGCAGGUGGAGGAGAUCAACACCAAGGAGGUGGCGCAGAGGAUCACGGCCGAGCUGAAGCGGUACAGCAUACCUCAAGCCAUUUUCGCCCAGAGGAUCUUGUGUCGCUCCCAGGGAACACUGUCGGACCUGCUGCGCAACCCGAAGCCCUGGAGUAAACUCAAGUCCGGCCGCGAGACUUUCAGACGCAUGUGGAAAUGGUUACAGGAGCCAGAGUUUCAGAGGAUGUCUGCGUUAAGGCUGGCUGCCUGCAAGAGAAAGGAACAGGAACAGCACAAAGACAGAAACAUGGUCCCCAAGAAGCAGCGUCUGGUCUUCACCGACCUGCAGCGCCGAACGCUCAUCGCCAUCUUCAAGGAGAACAAGCGACCCAGCAAAGAGAUGCAGAUCACCAUCUCGCAGCAGCUGGGUCUGGAGCUCUCCACCGUCAGCAACUUCUUCAUGAACGCCCGGCGUCGCUGCGUGGACCGCUGGCAGGACGAGCACGCGGCCAGUCCCGGUCAGCCCGGCACCUCGGCCACCACUUUCUCCAAAGCGUGAGCGCGCCGGACGCGGGCGGCGCUGGAGGAUGUCCAGCUGACAGACCAGUGCCAGAUGUACCGCAGCAACAGCUGAUGAUGAUGUACGGUGCCCAUCAAACCUCACAAACCCCUUCCGGGCACGGCGGAUGUGGAUGAGUUUCGUCGAGCUCGUAUUUCAUCUGAAAACGCUUUUAAUUUAUUAGCACGUUUGGUUUAUUUUUUCUCUCAUGGAUAUUUUGGACAUUCCCCCCACCUGUGCUUGAUAUUUGAGCUAAAACAUCUCUCAUCUCAGUCUCUGGAUUAGCGAAGCAAAACGGAAUUUUCUCUCUCUCAUAGAGCAGUGGAAAGAAGGAACGGAAGGCAAUACGUAUUUUAGCACACAACCCUUGGUUUUUGAUCCCUUAUUUGACACAAAUAUUUCAUACAAAUAUAUCUCUAGUUUCAAUCGCUUUUGGUUAAAGAUAUUUUCAGGUGUCUCGCCCUCUCAGUCUGUAUUUUCACUGCCAGUGUGGCGCCUUGUUCUUGCUUCAGCACAAUGAUAAAGGGAUGCAAAGAAUCAAUCGGCUCUCUGUAUUUUCCCCUAAAGAAUCAUUUUACCGUAGGGGUCUUACAGAGUGCUUCUUCUGCACAGAGCAACGGCGCCACCUCCUGGAGAACCCUAUAAACGCACCUUUCGUUUAAGGCUUUAGAUGUCACGCUUCCUUCAAGUCAGUAUAUAUAUUUUUAUUUCAGUUAUUUUGGUACUUCAAGUUAAAGCUGCAGCCCGUAACUUUUGGCGCUCUAAACAGACCUUCAUGCGUCUUGCGGAAGAACAUUGUAGUCGGAGCUACUUCUCUUGCCCGAUCUAAUGAAAGUGCAUAUUCUGUUUCUAUUUGGAGUGCUAUUUACACGCAGAAAUUACCAUUGGCGUGCAUAAGAUACGCACGUGUGUGACGUGCAUAUGACACGCAAUUUUCAACGUACAUAAAAUACACCCCUACCCCACACCACUAAUUCUACCCAUUGCGUAUCAUAUGCACGCAAAAAGUAAUUUCAGAGUAUAAAUAGCACGCCAAAUACAAACAUAAACUCGUGCUAUAGAUACGCAGCACUAGGAAAUCGUGUUGGGACGAGUCACGUGCUACUCCGCAGCGGGACGACCCGAACCAGUCUAAAGUAGUCCGAAUAUAAACACUUAUUAUAGGUGUACCGUACUGAUUCAGGAUAAGACAAAAACACGGUUUGGAAAAAUUGAUUCAUGAUGAAAUCGCUCAUUAUAUAAUUUUUGUACAUUUUGAACACAAAAAAAGUUACGGACAGCAGCUUUAAGCUAAACAAAAAUUAGAAAUGUUGCAUUGGCAACUAGCUGAAAUAAAAAAAACAUUUUAUUUUAUGUUUAUUAACAUGUUUUAGUUAACAAUAAUAACCUUGCAUCAAAUCAGAUAAAAGGUAUAGCAUUUCCCCAUCUAUCUCAAACACCUUAAAGUAAAAACAUCCCAGCAGAUCUUGAAGGCAGCGUGAAUCACGGUCCUGUGCAGGUUGUAAGAUGUCAGGAUUUUUAUCAUCCAUAUGAACUUUUGUUUCUGUUUUUUCAUACAUUUAUUUCUCGCAUCCAAAGCUAUUUUCCGUUACCAAAGAUGAAACAAUCAGCAAUCAAGUGGAGAGUAAAAGCUGUUCGAUUAUUUUUCUCCUGUUUGUGGAGACCUGCAGCUUCUAAUGGCCAAAACCUAAAGGUAAAAUGUCACUGUAUGAUAAUUGAGUGCCAACGACAGAUGCCUUAACGAUAAUCAUAGAGGAUGUUUGCGACUCCGAGUCGCCCAAAGACUCCAGAGAAAUCAUGCGAUUCAAACAGGGGCUGAAAACACUCAUUCCUGAGUCCUGACAUCCAUUGUU